AUGACGUCCUCGAGACUAUCCAAAAGCGCCGUUCGUGCUCUCCACCAGGAGGAGUCCAGCACAUCUCGACGACACGACGAUUACACGGUCGGAUGGAUUUGUGCCGUAGCUCCGGAGAUGGCAGCUGCCCGGCUGAUGCUAGAUGAAGUACAUCCACCGUUACCUCAACUACCGGGCGAUGGCAAUGUAUAUGUUCUUGGACGUAUUGGAUAUCACAACAUCGUCAUUGCUAGCUUACCGAUUGGUGAAUAUGGUUUGAAGUCAACUGCGGCUGUGGUAAUGCCGAUGUUGUCUACUUUUCUUGCCGUCCGCUUUAUACUUUCAGUCGGUAUUGGCGGCGGGGUCCCAAGCAGCAACGCAGAUAUUCGACUGGGCGAUGUUGUAGUGAGCCAGCCGACGGACGCAGCUGGGGGAGUGAUUCAGUUCGAUUAUGGUAAAGCACUGAAUGGCCGAUUCGAGCAGAUCAGUAGGCUGAAUCAACCCCCUGCGUUUCUAUCAUCUGCCCUUGCCGCCCAUUGUACAGCUCGUGCUGUGGGUCUUGACAGAGUGGGAAGAUAUGUUUCCCAUAUACAAGCAGAACUUCCGCCUGACUUAGGUGAACGCUUUUCGCGACCAGUAGAGGAUUGUCUAUUCAAACCCGAAUAUAUUCAUGUCGGACUAGAAUCGUGUGCGGAUUGCGAUCCAUCCCAGCUGAUGUUACGACCAGAACGAGAGCAUGCGGAGCCCGUCGUCCACUAUGGACUCAUUGCAUCCGGUAAUCAAGUGGUGAGAGAUGGCAUAUUCCGGGAUCGAAUGGGCCAGGAGCUAGGGGUAUUUUGCUUGGAAAUGGAAGCCGCGGGACUCAUGGACACCUUGCCAAGUCUGGUCAUCCGGGGCAUCUCUGACUAUGCCGACUCACACAGAAACAGGGCAUGGCAAGGAUAUGCAGCGGCCGCGGCAUCAGCCUAUGCUAAGGAGCUUCUGUUGGUGAUUCCAGCCGCUCAAAAUGACGGCAUCCCAAGAGCUCAAGCAACGAUACCAGAUUCUGCAUCAGGCCCUGUUUCUGUGCUAUCCCCGUUACCCCAGCCACAAAACAUGGAAAACAGUGGAGGCAGUGACUCAAUCCCUGAAUUGAGUCAACAGAGGGAGCGUACUUCCAUUGCACCGCCAACAGGUUCUGGAUACGCAUCUACUACCCACAAGAAAGUUUCGCGCCCAGAAGGAUACCCAGAAUAUGUCCACGAUGUUGAAAGGAUAGUCCCUGGUGAGGAAGGAUUAUCGUUACCGUCGACGGCAGCUAGCCGGAGAAAUUCAGAAGGGGACCACGGCGACGACAAUGAAUCUAUCUACACAGUCGGGCCUGGCAUUUUCCCUUCCCAUCACCAGAUCUAUAUCUCCGAAUUGGUGGAUGAUUUAUUCAGCAAAGUCCGGUGCAAUCAAGCCGCUCAGCGUUUCCCAGAGAGAAUCAACGGUAUUCUUCUCCGGCUCUUGAAAGCGUUUGCGAUCAGGUUUGGUCAAUCUGACCCAACUCAAGUACACCGGGAUAUCAUGGUGUUUAUCCAUCGAUACAGGGGUGAGAUUGCAAGCGGUCUGAAAAAGAAAUACAAGGUUGACGAACUUACCAACUCCAAAGUUACAGCAAAUGAUGACACUAAAAUGGACCUAGGCGAUCUCAUGGAUCUCUGGCACCAGAAUCUGGAUGAUGAUUGCGAUAUGCCACAUAUCGACACUGAGGCAGAGAGCCCAGCCGUCGAAGAUGAUAUACCAAUGGAAGAUGAUGACAAAGACCUCCCUGGACUCGAAACCUAUAGGAAGUUGAUCAUUGACAGCCCAGUGUACAAAUGGCUACUUGCAAGCCUUCGGAGGGAACUUGACUUGCACCCUGCAGAGCCGAAUGCUCGGGAAGCUAUUCGCAAGCGAAUUCUGUAUUCCUUGCCGUCGUCUCGUAUAGUCAGUCGUUAUGACCAGCCAACGAUCUAUCAGGUAAAAUUCACUCUCAACUGGGAUCUUAUGGCUUUCGUGAAAGAGCAAGAAUAUGAUAUAAGUAAAGAAGGCUUCCUUGGCAGAAUAAUCACAAUCACAGGAACCAGGAAAAAUGCUCAAGCAUUGACCUGCUUGCAAUAUCUUCAUCAAACAUGGCAAUCAUUUGGAGCCAGUAUCCUUCAGCUAGUCGAAGCUACGCUUCUCGAUGGGCCCGGCUAUAAACAUAGAUGUACCCUUCCAGACAAUACACAACUUGCGGCAUGGGUAAAUGAAAAAGACCUCCUCGUUGAAGUUACUGGUAUAGGGGAGUCAAUUGCAGAGAUUGGUGAGCAAUUUGCGUGGCUAGGCUCUGCUCUCCGUUCCUCUCCCUACGACUCCAGGAUAUCGUACUGCACACCACUCAUCAGCAGCGCCAGCGUUGAAGAUACUUCAAGUCCAACUUCGCAAGCAUCAUCUAUCACACGGAUAUCAUGUGGCAUUGAUUUCAAGCUUAACACCCAGGAGCAAGCAAGCCCUCCAUCAUCCGUUGGACAGUGCUGGCACGACUUGUUUCGAAAUCCAAUCGUGGUGACGGGCUUUCCUAUACCGUACCGUUCCGGACAGGGCACCGGCCUGGAAGUUCCUCUCAAUAUUUUGGCGGGUUUAGUCCACGCAAACCGGGUGGAUGUCUUUCGUGGCAAGCUAUUUAUUAAAGGGUUUUCUAGCUUAUUGAUUCCCACAGAGCACAUCAGAGACCAGAGUGAGAUAUUGUGGCACCUGUGUUAUAACAUGCGUGGAGGUCGCAUCUCGUAUCUAAAUGGUAUUGCGCCUCAUGCAGGACAUAUCACACUUGCCGAUUUGGAGUCGAGCCGCCAUAUCCUUGGCUGGUGUUCAGACGCGAGAUGCUAUGCCGGAGCAGCAGAUGCCAGUUAUUCGAUCGAUCGGUCCUGGCUGCGACCGCCGUCCUCUCGCUGCGGCUUAAGCAACACAGUUAUCGUGGCUGGCAAGUUGAUUACAGGCGGCGAUCCAGCUACCUACGGCAGCAAAGACCGACCGUAUCGAAUGAUUCGGGACGAGUAUAUUGAAAAGCUCUUAUGGAUUGCCAGACAGUACGUGGUAAUGUGGGAUGCGGGAGAAAAACGAGGGUGGCUGGUGAAUGGAGCCUGCGCUCUAUUGCACCUCCUUCUUGCUUCGCUCCAUUUCAACAGAAACGAUCCACUUAGCUUUGCAUUCCGGUUACGUCCUACCGACGUCAAAGGCCCAGAGAAGAUGUUCACUCCUAGCUCUGCGAUGGAGGUUCUGUUGAACCCUGAUAAUCUAUCUCUGCAAUUGUAUCAUGCGAAACAGGGCGAGCCAGACGAGACAACGUUGCCUCCCGCGCGAAUUCGAGAUAGAGUCGAUCGUCUGUAUAACGUGCUCGAGAGGAUCAUGGACCAUCAAGCAGAGAUCAUGGGCAAAGACAAGGGAGCAUCGCGCGAUAUGGCUCGGAGCAACCUGGAAGGAUGGGAUUUCAAGGACGUGGCGACCCAGGAAGACCCGCUACAUCCUCGGUUUUGUAAACUAGGGACCAGAGGGAAAAGUUGGGUUGACUUUACCAGAGAUAUUCACGCAGCAACGCUAUUCGGGACGGGAUUUGGCGAGAUCCUUCGCCCAGUUAAUACCAGCCAACCAUGCCCUUAUUGGAGCAGAUUGCCAGAAGGAAAAUCCUACCUUGCAGUCAGCGGUUAUGAUCUUGCCAACAUCAUUGAUCGGUUUGGACAUCCACAUAGCAGCCCGGUCCGACUGACCAGCCAACUGAUUUGGUGCAAUUCCCGAGAUAAGGUUCUUCGAACUUGCAAAUGCAUCGGUUGCCCGGAACAGACAGAACAUUCCGAACUGGCGCAAGUCAUCUUACCUUCAGACUUCAGAAGGAGGAUACCGAAGCACAAUACCGUUCGAUCAAGGGAGUGGGGCCAUGGCGCGGUAGUAUUCGGCUAUAAUAGAGACUUCCGGUGGUCAUGGAACGACACCGGCUAUCCAGAACAAGACGUUCUGUCAUCUCCGAAUCAUUCGGAGUCCGAUUCAGAUGAUGAUUCCCAUGAUUCAGGGCUUGGAACAAGCUUGGCUCCAUCUGCCACUGUCGAGGGUCGUAGAAAAUUGCCGUUGUCGAGAUCACUGUCGCCAAGCAUCACUCAUGAGGAUUACGAGGUAGGGAUUGUGUGUGCACUGUGGAAAGAGCUUCUUGCUGUCCGUGCGUUGUUUGAUUUACCGCAUCCUGAUCUUGAAGAAAAGGACGAGAAUGAUCCUAACUCCUAUUGUCUUGGCCGGAUGAAAGGAUUUAACGUGGUUGCUGCCGGGCUUCCAGAUGAUGAUUAUGGUAUGAAUUCCGCCACGAACGUCGCUUCCCAUCUAAUUCGAACAUUCCGACGGCUCAAAUUUUGUCUGGUCGUUGGAAUCGGAGGGGGAGUCCCUUCAGUAGCCCAGAAUAUACGCCUUGGUGAUAUCGUUGUUGGCACCAGUGUGAUCCAAGUCGAUGUUGGGAAAUGGAUACAGGACUCUGAGUUUAGGAUAACGGCGGAGAAACAGCGACCACCACCUUUUCUACGAGCAGUCAUUACGAAAAUACGGUCUAAUGGCUUGGUCUCCUUUGACUCCGCUCUGAACCCGCUUCUUGACGAUCUCAAUGUAAUCGCCUCGAAGAAACUGGAAUAUCAAUAUCCAGGCGCAGAUAGAGACACGCUAUUCGACCCCGAUUACAUUCAUGUCAAGGGCAAAUCGACUUGUGACGACUGCAUCGGUAGUCGACGGCCGAGAUCUCGACAGCAUGACGGCCCAAAAGCUUUCUACGGCCUCAUCGCAUCCGGCAACCAAGUUGUUCGAGAUGCAAGACACCGAGACCGCCUGGCCCGGGAAAACGUAAUCUGUGUUGAGAUGGAGGGGGCAGGAGUCAUGAGAACCACCGACUGCCUUGUCAUUCGGGGCAUUUGCGAUUAUGCCGAUUCGCAUAAGAACAAACAGUGGCAGGAAUAUGCUGCUGCCACGGCGGCUGCUUACGCCAAAUUUUUCUUGUCUCAGAUGCGCGAUAGCGUUCAUGAAACGGCCGUCAGAGUUCCAUCACGAUUGGAAGAGCCGACGGGGCUAGGACAUUUGCAGAAGCAGAAACGGGCUGCACGACGUGCUGACCAUGAUCGUCCUCUGCCGCUAAAGAGAGCCCGAAGAUAUUGA